AUGGAUUUGGCUAUGAUCCAAGCUAACUGCAUGGAGGAAGAAGUGGCUACAAUAGCUAGAUUUUUAAAUGGUUUAAAUACAGAAAUAGCUAAUCAACAAAAUAACUCAUGGAGAAGUCGACCAAACACUAUCUCUAAGAAGCCAUGGUCAACUCAAGAGGGGAAAGCUCCUUCCAAACCUCAAGAUGAUAGAGGUAAAGGUAAAGUUGAGGAGGGAGGUAAAACCUUUAAUCCUAAAUCUUCUAAACCUUCAAGUUCUAUUCAAUGUCACAAAUGUCAUGGAAGGGGGCAUAUGAUGCAUGAAUGUCCAAGUAGAAGAAACAUCCUACUUAGAGAGAAUGGAGAGUAUGAGAGUGAAAAAAGUGAGGGGGAAGAAGAAGAGGGAGAAGGUGUAAGUGAGGAAGAUGAUUUGGAACUGCCUAAUGAUGGUAUAAUUGGGGUGGUUAGGAGAAUUAUGACUAUCAAUUUGGGUAGUGUUGAUGAAGGGCAGAGAGAAAAUUUGUUUGAUACUAGGUGUGGGAUAAAAGGGAAGACUUAUUCUAUGAUUAUUGAUGCGGGAAGUUGUGCAAAUGUGGUGAGUUCAUACUUGGUGGAUAAACUAGGAAUUGCAUGCAUGAAGCGCUCUACCCCAUAUAGGCUCCAAUGGUUGAAUGAUUGUGGAGAAGUAAAAGUAAACAAACAAUGCAUGAUUUCAUUCAAUGUUGGUAAAUAUGAAGAUGAAACUCUUUGUGAUGUAGUUCCAAUGCAAGCAUGUCAUGUUUUACUUGGCCGACCUUGGCAGUAUGAUAGGGGUACUACUCAUCAUGGGAGAAAGAAUAGUGUUUCUUCUCUGUUGCAGAAUUUUGAAGAUGUUUUUCCUGAUGACACUCCAAAGGGAUUGCCACCUUUGAGAGGGAUUGAGCACCAAAUAGACUUUGUGCCUGGGUCUCAACUUCCUAAUAGGCUUGCCUAUAGGAGCAAUCCUGAAGAGACUAAAGAAUUACAAAGGCAAGUUGAAGAAUUGCUUGAAAAGGGAUUUGUUCGUGAGAGUAUGAGCCCAUGCUCUGUUCCAGUCCUAUUGGUCCCCAAAAAGGAUGGAACAUGGAGGAUGUGUGUAGAUUGUCGAGCCAUCAACAAGAUAACGGUAAAGUAUCGCCAUCCUCUCCGUCGUCUUGAUGACAUAUUGGACCAACUAUAUGGUUCCAAAAUCUUUUCUAAAAUUGAUCUAAAGAGUGGUUACCAUCAGAUUCCUAUGAAUCAUGGAAAUGAAUGGAAAACUGCUCUUAAGACCAAAUAUGGACUUUAUGAGUGGUUAGUUGUGCCCUUUGGCUUGACUAAUGCACCAAGCACUUUUAUAAGGCUAAUGAAUCAUGUUUUUAAAGAUUUCUUAGGUUUUGUGGUCCGUUCAAAGGGAUUUGAAGUAGAUGAUGAGAAAAUCAAGGCAAUAAAAGAAUGGCCUAAACCUAAUAGUAGCCAAGGUAAACUUAGUCGUAGGCAUGCUAAAUGGGUAGAGUUUAUUGAAACUUUUCCUUAUGUAAUUGCUUACAAACAAGGAAAGGAGAAUGUGGUUGCUGAUGCACUCUCAAGAAGGUAUGUUUUGAUCUCUACUCUUACUUCAAAGCUAUUGGGUUUUGACCAAAUCAAGUUCCUCUAUGCUAAUGAUUCUGAUUUUGGUGAGAUUUUUGUUGAAUGUAAGUUAGGUCCUUUUGAGAAAUUUAAUCUUCAAGAUGAAUUUCUAUUCAAGGAAAAUAAAUUAUGUGUUCCUAACUGCUCGUUGCGUGAACUAUUUGUUAGGGAAGCACAUUGUGGAGGGCUAAUGGGACAUUUUGGUGUACCCAAAACACUGUAA